UAUGCUUUAAAGUAGGCCAAAAGAGCAACCAAGCCAGUUUUGUGGUUCACCUCUCUGUCUUAAACUCAAAACAGGAACAUCGAAGACAUAAAGCGAGCUAGCUAGCUGUCUGUUUACAACUAACAACACUUAGGCAAAUGGGGAAUAGCUUGGGCGGGAAAAAGACCACCAAGGUCAUGAAGAUUAACGGCGAAACAUUCAAGUUGAAGACCCCGGUGAAAGCUGAAGAGGUGGUAAAAGAUUAUCCAGGUCAUGUGUUGCUAGAAUCGGAAUCUGUUAAGCAUUUUGGUAUUCGAGCAAAGCCUUUGCAGUCACACCAGAGCUUGGAGCCCAAGCGGCUCUACUUCUUGGUAGAGUUGCCAGAAGCUCCCAAGGAGAUAGUUACAAGAAGGGUGCGGUCGGGUAUAAACAUGAGUGCUAAAGACAGGCUCGAGAGCCUGAUGCUGUCGAGGAGAUCCGUGUCUGAUCUUACCCUCAUGAAACCCAAAUGUGUGAUACCCGAGGAGUCCGAAGAAGAAGGGUCUGAAAGUGGAGCAAUGAGGGUGAAAAUGAGGCUACCAAGGGCAGAAGUGGAGAGGUUGAUGAAAGAAAGCAACAAUGAGGCAGAGGCAGCAGAGAAAAUCAUGCAACUCUGCGUGGCAAAUACCAGAAACAGCCCACGUGAAGCUGCGCAGAAAGGAAACGGCGGCCUGUCUUUGCAGCAACAAGUGCAUUGGAAGGGCAGCCACGGAAGAGUUGGAGAAGGUUUCAAGGCCCGUGAGAAACGGGUGAGUUUCACGCCAAUCAGUGAAGGAGGGAGCCAGAUAGCAGUUACCUCUUGACAAACCAUGAAGAGUAUACUCACUCAGUGUUCUAAUUAAAUAAAUCAGAGCAAAGCAAUGGGAAGAUGGUCCAUGCUCAAUUUUCCACAUCCCUCUAUACUUCACUCUACAUAUAAAAACAGUUUGUUGUACAUAGAAGAAAUAUAGCUUUCAAGCUUUUAGAGUGAGAGAUGUGACCUUGCGGGGCGUGCAUGGUGGUUCAAAUCUUUCUGCAAUGACUCUAUAUAUAUAUAUAUAUAUACAUAUAGUGAUCUCUAUUUCAUGGACAAUGUUUUAUGUAUUGUAUCUUUUUUAUACCUAAUAGAUUUUCUUUUUUGGCACAU